AUGUAUUUUCAACGGAAGCUACUUCUUUUAUGUAUUUUCGUUUCAAGCUCAGUAAUAGCUCUUCGAUGCUAUGAAGGAACUGUAGCAUUGGAUAGUAUUGACAAAACGAAUGAAAAAGAAUGUGGUGGAAUAUCUACAUAUUGUCUACAACAUAUUGAUAAAUCUAAGAAUGUUAUUAAACGUUCAUGUUCUUCUUUCUCCGAUGAGCAUAAUAUGGAAGAGCGAUGUCCAAUGACUGGUUGUCAUUGGCAAUCGUCUAAAGAAACAUUCUGCUGCUGUCAGUUUGAUUUGUGUAACGAAUGGAAAUCCGAUGGCACUGAGUUCAAAGCUGGUGAGACACGUAAGCCGUCUGCUAUUUCAUCUAAACCACGAAACGUGACAAUGAAUGACAAAGCCACCAUAACUCAAGCACCUGCUAAACUUGAACGAAAGGAUAGUGAAAUCAAACUGGAUUAA